GUGAAUAUCAUCUUCUGCAUGAACAGAUAGAUAGUUAGUUAGAUGGAUAGAAAAAUUAAACAACUGCUUGCUAAACCAAAUAGGUGGGUGUCUGUGUACCAGAUAGUAUUGAUUAGAUGCACACAUUGAAUAAAUGUUGCUUUUUUGUGGAAACAUUUACUAACUUUAAUCAUUGCUUCAACUAGCAUUAUCAUCAAAUUCUACUAUCGGAGCAAAUUUGUUCAUGAGUUUAACGUGUAAUAUACGUAAUUUAGCUGGUCAAGUAAAAAACAGAUUAGUCGGUGAACGCAAACGAUCACUGAGCUCAAAUGAUUCAAACAGUAAUAACAAUAAUGACAAUAAUUCAGAGGAAGAAAUAAUUAAUCAGAUGAAUAGUCGACCAGAGUGUUCAAAUCCAUGUGAACAUCGCGAUCAACAGUAUCGAAGUAAAACAGUAACAAUUAUACCUGCUACACAGACACCGACAUCAAUCCCGGUUAUAAAAACAACAGCUACCUCACCUCGACAACAUGGUACUCGUCGUAGACAGAGCAGUUCACCGAAUAAUAAUAAUAAUUCCAGGGAUAAAAGAUUUCAAAAACAGCAACAUCACCAACAACAACAACAGUUUCAGACGACAAAAUCAGCAUGUCAAUGUCAUGUGAAUUGUAUCAAUUCAAGUCAACCAAAUUGUUCCUCGUCUACUUGUAAUAAUAAUAAUAGGAUAGAGAAUAGUAAUCAGCUGACACCACACUUAUCACCCUCAUGCAUACAUAAUCCAACAUUGUGUUAUGGUAAAGCUUGUAAACAAUCAAGUGGUAGCUCAGCUGUAGCAUCUCCUAUUUUACAAGAACAAACACGAAAUUACUCAGUAGACGAAAAAGACAGUCACAUGUGUAAUCAACAUCACCAUCAUCUUCAGUAUCAUCAUCCUCAGCCUCACCAACAUCAUCGUCAUCAUGAUCCAAAUGCACAACAGCAUCAAUCUAGACAACAUGUAUGUUGUUCAAACAGUGAUGAACAGUCAAGGAAUCAUAUGAAUCGUAAUGAAUCACAACGCGAAGAUAAAACCUCCUCAGUAUCCUAUUGUUGUGAUAGCUCACAGUUUUUUAAUCAAAAUCCAGGAACAAUUUCUAAAAAUAUUGAAAAUACUACUACUAAUACUACUACUGUUAACAAAAGUAAUACAAGUAAUCAAAAUAUAUUUCAAGCAGUGAAUUAUUCUUCUCAGCUGUACGGUUCAACAUUAGUAAUCCCUACAGUACCAGAUCUAUCCACUGGACAAAAUGAAGUUCGUUCAGGUAGUUUGGGAAGUGCUUACCCACUACACUGUAUGCCGUAUCAUUUUGGACAGAAUAGAUAUGGUUUAUUUCAUGGUGCAGAUUAUCCCUAUAAACGUCACAACCUACAACAACGUUAUCAUCAUCAUCAUCACCAUCAGCAUCAACGCUAUGAUCACGGUCAACACCAUGAUCCUCUUCCAGGUCAAUAUCAACAACAUCAUCAUAAGAGUAACAGUAACUUGUUAGUUGAUAAUAAUAAGUCAGUCAAACAAAUACAGACUUAUAAUAGUAAUAAUAAUAAUAAUCCAAGGUUAACAAUGAGUUAUUCAGAGUUAUUGAAUUCUAUGAUUCCACAACACUGUCAUAGUCAACUGUCAACGCGUAACAAUAAUAAUGACGAUGUUAGCAACAGUAUUAUUAGUAACAAUCACAAACCAGAUAGCUUUGAAGGUGUUACCAAUCUAUCUAAACCUAAAAUAGUGAAUUCAAACAACAUCGAAGCGCCAAACACCACCAUUCAACACCUGUGUGCUGACGAUGGAAACAAUGAUUGCCAUAUUCCCAUGAAAGACAAUAAUAAGUAUACAAAACUACCACAAAGUCCCAAAGUACUAAUAAACAAUUCAGAAAUAAUCAAUAAUCAAAUUGAAGAUUGUCAUUCAACUUGUUCUCCUCAAAAACAAUCAACUUUACAGCACAAUUCUAGCCUUGAUAUGGAUCCACCAGUGUUACCAACACGUACUAGUUCAUUAAUUAUGCAUCAAAAAGGCAGUCAUAUGAAUAAAACCGACCUGAAAAGAAAUGUCACUUUGUCAUCAUGUAUGAUCCCUGGUCCUUCUUCAUCUUUACUACCGUAUACUAAAAUUGAUUUUAUGCAACAAAGUAUGAUUGAUUAUCCGUACAAUUAUGAUAUAAUAUCUAGUAACCAGUCAAGGCAAUUUAUCAGUACAAAUGAAGGUCAUCAUUCACGUAGUCAUAGUACACUUUCAACAAGAAGAGGAUUGAAAUCAUAUGAAAAUACAUCACAACCAGCCACAAUGACCUCUUCCAGUGAGACUAUAUCUAAUCAUGAAGUAAUGACAACCUCAUUUUUACAACAACAACACUCCCCUAAUUUAUUGAAUAAGAAUGCUAACAGUAAUCAUAACGGUGACGAUGAUGUUAACCAAGGGAGUAUAGAUGAAGAAUUCGAAACAUUAUCAUCAUUCCCAGUUCCAAUGAAUAAUUCAUUCAACGAUGAAUCAUCAACUUGUCAAGAUAAAUCAUCUUUAGAUAAAAAUAAUAAUAAUACAUUUUUUAUUUCUGAUCCUAUACCAAUCAGUCCAUCAUGUGGUGCUUUAGAACAAUUUAUGCCAAUGAAUCAUGCGUCUAGACUACUUGGUCGUAUGUCUGAUAAAUUACGUGAUGGUCGACUAGCUGAUGUCAUUCUACUAGCUGGUAUCAAGUCAACAUCAACAUCGACAUCAUUGAUGAAUACAAAAUGUGUAAAUUUAAUUUCUGAUCAUAAUUAUUCAUCAACUACUAAAAUGGAUUUAAGUAGUCUACCUGAUGAGUUGAUAGUUCGUAUACCUGCACAUCGUGUGAUAUUAGCUGCAGCUAGUGAUUAUUUCGCUGCUAUGUUUAGUAAUGAAUUGAAAGAGGCUACAGAACAAGAAAUAUGGAUUCAUGAAGUUGAUCCGUAUGCCUUGAAAGCAUUGAUCAAUUAUAUUUAUACAGGUCAUUUAGAUUUACGUGAAGAGACAGUUGGUGAUUUAUUGGCAGCGGCUUGUUUUCUACAAAUCACUGAAGCAUCACAAGCAUGUGAAAGAUUUUUAACUAAACGUUUAGAUGCAACAAAUUGCUUGAGUAUGUCACAUUUAAGUGAACAGUAUGGUUGUCAUUUGUUGAGAAAACGUUCAACAAAAUUUGUAUUGGAACACUUCUCGGACGUUUCUCAACAACCAGAUUUUCUAAAUUUAACUUUCAAAGAACUUGUUACGCUGAUUUCAUCUGAUCGGUUGAGAGUUUCCAAUGAAGCCACUGUAUUCGCUGCCUGUUUAAGGUGGACAAGAAAUGCAAUGGUUCAAGAAAACAAGACAACUAGUAAAUCAGAUGGAAGUGAAUCUUUACUGGCCAGUUUACUAAGACAUGUACGAUUGACACAAGUGCCACCUCGCCUUCUAAUUGAUGCUUUAGAAAAAGAAGCAUUAUUUCAAGAAGAUCUUAUGGCAAUACAUUUAAUUAUCUCUGCACUACGUGUACACUUUUCAUCAGAUUCACUUCACUUGCAGACGCAUAAAACUCAACGUAGAACUAAUAUGGAAUGUUGUCUUAAAUAUAAUACGGGGACAAACAACUCCACGCAUAUUGUCAAGACUACUACAGCAGAUAAUAAUAAUAAUAUUAGUGGUGUUAUGAACCGUUUACCAGACACCAAAACAUCAUCUCUGUCUUCUUUCUCAUCCUUGUCUACUGCGUCGAUUGAUGAGCCAAAUUCAAUCAGCACUUCAUCUCAGCAGCAACAGGAGCAACAACAGCAGCCGGAAAGAGUCGGAAUUAAUAAUCAAGAUCCUAGUCAUAAUUUUUAUCAUCAUCAUCAUCAGGGUCAUUCUACUGAUCAGUCUUAUCAAUCUCCACAGUUCAGCAACUGCAGAAAGUCUCAUAAUCAAGUGUCAGAUAGUUAUAAAUGUGAUGCAUAUAUGAUGAAUAAGCCAAGACCAUCAACAAUUGGACGUUUAUGGGCACUUGGUGGAAAAACUAUGACAACUACACGUGCACUGCAAGAAAUUCUUGAAUAUGAUCCAUACUGGAAUACCUGGCGUACAAUUGGUCAACUACCUGGUCAAAGACAACAAUGCGGUUGUAUUAUACUAACAGAUGGUCGUCUGCUAGUUGUUGGUGGAAGAGAUGAGCUGAAAACUCUGAGUACAGUUGAAUGUAUCAAUAUUGAAGAAAUGUCUCAAAUGUAUGAAUUCAAUUCAGAGCAUCAGAAAAAGUUGAGUAAUAAAUCCUCGUUAGAAACAACAACAACAACGGCAACAUCAAAACAAGGCGUAUCCAGAAGUUCUGUUCGACAGCAUAGUACUGAUCGUAAUGAUAUAAGGAGUAAUGACAAUCAACAGGAUUUAUCCACUGAAUUGAAUAGUAACAGUGCUACUGCACUUUGUCCUACAACUACUAUCUCAUACAGAUCAGAACAACAAACCCAUAACUCUACAACUAUGAAUAGUAAAGAAAUACAGAGUAAGGAAGAAUAUAGCAGUUGGAAGAUCGUAUCAGCUAUGGCGACACAUCGACAUGGCCUUGGUGUAGCUGUUUUAGAAGGCGUUGUCUAUGCAGUCGGUGGACAUGAUGGAUGGUCUUACUUAAAUACUGUAGAACGAUGGAAUGGUAAAGCUAAAGCUUGGUCCCCUGUCACUCCAAUGGCUGUUCAACGCAGUACAGUUGGUGUCGCUGUUCUAGAUGGAUUAUUAUACGCUGUCGGUGGUAGAGAUGGAAGUGCCUGUCUUCGAACUGUAGAAAGAUUUAAUCCACACACUCAACAUUGGUGUUUUAUUGCUCCUAUGCUACAUCGACGAGGUGGAGUUGGUGUCGGUGCUGUCGGUGGACGGUUAUAUGCUGUUGGUGGACAUAAUGCACCACCUAAUCAACCGCAUGCAUUAAGAACAGCUAGUGUUGAAAUGUAUGAACCGCACACAGAUAUGUGGACAGAAGUAUCUGCUUUAUCCUCACCAAGAGACUCAAUUGCUGUUGCUCCACUUGGCUGUAAACUUUAUGCUUUAGGUGGAUACGAUGGACAAGCUUAUACAGAUCGUGUAGAAGUAUACGAUCCAGAAGAAAACAAGUGGACUGAAGUAAGCUGAUUAGAAUAAACCGUUUUUUUAAUAUCCCUGAAUCCCUAGUGAGUGAAAGGUAUAUAUGUAUAUAUAUCGUUAUCUACUAGAUCACUGAACAAUGACAGCCACGAUAUGGAAAUAUUCUGAUUUCUGGUUGAAUUAUCUGCCCCAGUUCAGUCCAUAGGCUCUCUAAGCAGAAGCUUUGAUAGUACCAGAAAUAAUAAUUUAAGGAAGGAGUACCAUUACUUCCUAAGAAGUAGGGGAUAACAGGAUUUGUCACAGGAUUUCAUCAUGAGCUAACAUUGGUUAGAGAACCACUGGAAAACCUGGGAUUAAUGGAUGGCUGUUUCGUCUUAGUUUGGGACUCUUCAUCAGCAAGCACCCGUCGCCGGGGUUCAAACCCAAGACCUUCAGGUUACAUGGAGAGCUAGCUCAUUGACCAUUAGGCCACUGGGACCCGAUCCAAUGGCCAGUCCAUCAAUUCUAAAUUCUGCCAAUUCACGUCAUAGCUCGACUCUUAACCACUAUCUUCGGCGAGUAUUUGUCCUCACCCCUGACCUUUUGCACCCUGCUGGUCACGACUUCCCACUAGAACCCAGGUAACUACCUACCUGGAUAUGAUUUCAUCUUAUUCUGUCGAAUCUUGUCAAUUACAGGCAACCUAAGACAGUCUCACUGAUAUAAGGAUAAAGCUUGAACACUGAGGUGGUAGAGAAUAACUCCAUUACGGAUAGAAUUUUAUUUUCAUUAAAUCACACAGUAUAGUUUUAUGCAUACAUAUGUGAUCAUAAAUCCCCCUUUCUACUAUUCGUUUGCUAUAUGAGCUUUAGUGUGUAGACUGGUAUAUUCAUAGAUAACAUGAAAGAAGGACUUCAAGACCUUAGAUUGUCUCAGUGAACGAUUUAUAUGGUAAAACAUGACUGAUCUGGUAACUGGAGGUAAAUUCUUUUAAAGCAUGUCAUUCAUUCUGCGCCCAUUUUCUUCCAAAUUCAUUGUCACCUUUGAAUCGAAAAUUUCAGAAAACAGAUUGCUCAUUGUUUCAACUGAUUUUGAUAGUCGGUAUUUGUUGACGUGUCAGUAUUGUAGUAUGGACUCUUUGACGAUGUCUUAAGAUUUUGGAUGGCGAUGUGCAUUUCAUCUUGUUUCGGUCUCCUCAAUUGGAUGUACCUUUAUUCCCAGUGAGUCGAAUAUUUUUCCACCGAGAUACUCACGGCCUAAUGGCCUAAUCGAUUUUAACUUGACGUUUGAAGUGAUGAAUGCCGGG